AUGCCAUCUCCUCGUGUGAGGACUUUCACUCCAUACAUUCUUAAUGCUUCCUGGCCGCCAUCAAUCCACCGGACUCGAGCGUGCACGGCUCCAUUUUCAACGACGUCAACCCUAUAUGCAGACAGUCAUGAACCAACAUUAUACGAGAUACUCGAUGUGCCGGUGACAGCGUCAGCAGCAGAGAUUAAAAAAAAAUUCUACUCUCUCUCCCUCCAUCAUCACCCAGACCGCAAUCCUGGCGACCCGAAAGCCUCUUCUCGCUUCGCCCGUAUCUCCUCCGCCUACCACGUCCUCAGCAACAGCGCCAAACGCUCCGCCUACGAUCGCGAACACGGCAUCUACGCCCAACAUGGCUCCACACACAGCACCGCAAACCCGGGCCAACACCCUAUGGGUAGCCACAGUAGCUAUAGCGCAAAUCUUCACACCAAAGGUGCCUCCUAUGCGGGGUCCAGACCGGCCAGCGGCCUGAGCAAGCGUCGCGGGCCUUUCCGUGGUCCGCCCCCAUCGUUCUAUGCCCAUGGCGGGUACGGGAGUAGCAGACGUCCGCCUCCAGGCGGUGCGUCGGCAUCCUGGUCAUCUGCGGGUGCUGCCGGCAGCGCCCGGGAUGAGGACCCGAUCUCUUUCAUUGACCGGAAUCCCGUCUACCACUUCAAUGCCCGGGGGCAUUACCGAACUCAGUCGGCGGAGGAUGCCCGGCGGCAGGAGCGGCGAUCGAGAGAGAUGAGUGCUUUGAACGAAAAGCACAUCGGCCGUGCAGGUGAUUUUGCGCUGCGCUUCAUUGUCGUAUGUGGAAUUUUACUAGGUGCGGGGGCCAUGACUGGCUGGCUUCGCUGGCCGACCACCUCCAAAUCCGGCACUGCAAGCCGGCGGAAGGACGGCUAG